CCUGGGAGGAGAAACCCACCCAUGAGACCCCCAGAGAACUAGGGAAAAGCAGCUUACCCAUGAGCGCCCCAGAGAACUGGGGAGGCCCUGCAGAGACCUCGCAAUCUUGGCAGCCUGGGACACCCACUGCCGUGGGCCGGGGGGCAGAGGGAGCUUGUCCAUACCCACAUGGCCCUGAGAGGCAACCUGAGCUUGACUGGAGGGACCUGCUGGGCCUUCUCCGGGCACCAGGAGAUGGGGCCUGGGCCCAUCUCCCCAGGCUGGACUGGGAGGGCCUCUUGGAGCUCCUGCAGGCCAGGCUGCCCCACAAGGACCCAGCUGGACACAGGGGUGACCCGACCAGGGCUUCAGGGCCAGAGCCGGGUCCCGCAGGCACAAAGGAUGCCCCAGAGCAGGACUCACACAGGCUGUGUGCGGAAGGCCAGGCUGAGGCCACCCCAGUCAAUGGAUAUAGCGCUGCACCACAGCCCCAGAGCCCCGCCCAGCCUCCCAGCCCUGCCUGCACCUCCACCCAGUGGCCAAAGACCAAAGUGACAAGAGGACCAGCGACUGCAACUCUGACCGGUCUGGAGCAGACGGGCCCCCUGGGGAGCAGGAGUCGUGCAGAGAGCCCCAGCUUGCCAGAGCUGCAGUUCCAACCAGAGGAGCCUGAGGAGUCAGAACCAAGCGGAGGCCAAGACCCCCUGACUGACCAGAAGCAGGCCGACUCGCCCGAUCUGCUCAACUUCAAGAAGGGAUGGAUGUCAAUCUUGGAUGAGCCUGGAGAGCCUCCCACCCCCUCGCUCACCACCACCUCUACUUCGCAGUGGAAGAAGCAUUGGUUUGUGCUGACAGAUUCAAGCCUCAAAUAUUACAGAGACUCCACUGCUGAGGAGGCAGAUGAGCUGGAUGGUGAGAUCGACCUUCGUUCCUGCACGGAUGUCACUGAGUAUGCGGUGCAGCGCAACUAUGGCUUCCAGAUCCAUACCAAGGAUGCUGUCUAUACCUUGUCGGCCAUGACUUCAGGCAUCCGGCGGAACUGGAUUGAGGCUCUGAGAAAGACUGUGCGUCCAACCUCAGCCCCAGAUGUCACCAAGCUCUCGGACUCUAAUAAGGAGAAUGCGCUACACAGCUACAGCACCCAGAAGGGCCCCCUGAAGGCCGGGGAGCAGCGGGCAGGCUCUGAGGUCAUCAGCCGGGGUGGCCCUCGGAAGGCGGACGGGCAGCGGCAGGCCCUGGACUACGUGGAGCUCUCCCCGCUGACCCAGGCCUCCCCACAGCGGGCCCGCACCCCGGCCCGUGCUCCUGACCGCCUGGCCAAGCAGGAGGAGCUGGAGCGGGACCUGGCCCAGCGCUCCGAGGAGCGGCGCAAGUGGUUCGAGGCCACAGACAGCAGGGCCCCAGAGGUGUCCGCUGGUGAGGGGCCACGCCGGGGCCUGGGAGCCCCCCUGACUGAGGACCAGCAGAGCCGGCUCAGUGAGGAGAUCGAGAAGAAGUGGCAGGAGCUGGAGAAGCUGCCUCUGCGGGAGAAUAAGCGGGUGCCACUCACUGCCCUGCUCAACCAAAGCCGUGGAGAGCGCCGGGGGCCCCAAAGUGACAGCCAUGAGGCCCUGGAGAAAGAGGUUCAGGCUCUUCGGGCCCAGCUGGAGGCGUGGCGUCUCCAAGGGGAAGCUCCUCAGAGUACACCGAGAUCCCAGGAGGAUGGCCACAUCCCCCCUGGCUACAUCUCACAGGAGGCAUGUGAGCGCAGCCUGGCAGAGAUGGAGUCCUCGCACCAGCAGGUGAUGGAGGAGCUGCAGCGGCACCACGAGCGGGAACUGCAGCGACUACAGCAGGAGAAGGAGUGGCUCCUGGCCGAGGAGACAGCAGCCACAGCCUCAGCCAUUGAAGCCAUGAAGAAGGCCUACCAGGAAGAGCUGAGCCGAGAGCUGAGCAAAACACGGAGUCUCCAGCAGGGCCCAGAUGGCCUCCGGAAGCAGCACCAGUCAGAUGUGGAGGCACUGAAGCGGGAGCUGCAGGUGCUAUCGGAGCAGUACUCACAGAAGUGCCUGGAGAUUGGGGCGCUGACGCGGCAGGCUGAGGAGCGGGAGCACACCUUGCGCCGCUGCCAGCAGGAGGGCCAGGAGCUGCUGCGCCACAACCAGGAGCUGCAUGCCCGCCUGUCAGAGGAGAUAGACCGGCUGCGUAGCUUCAUUGCAUCACAGGGCGUGGGCAACGGCUGCGGGCGCAGCAACGAGCGGAGCUCCUGUGAGCUGGAGGUGCUGCUUCGAGUAAAAGAGAACGAACUCCAGUACCUGAAGAAGGAGGUGCAGUGCCUCCGGGACGAGCUCCAGAUGAUGCAGAAGGACAAGCGCUUCACCUCUGGAAAGUACCAGGACGUCUACGUGGAGCUGAGCCACAUCAAGACGCGGUCGGAACGGGAGAUUGAGCAGCUGAAGGAGCACCUGCGCCUUGCCAUGGCCGCCCUGCAGGAGAAGGAGGCCAUGCGCAACAGCCUGGCUGAGUAGAGGUCCCGCCCAGCUGCAGACCCUCCAGCCUGGAGGAGUGGCCGCCCUCCUUCCCUGCUGGAUGGAAGUCCAAAGCCAAGCUUUCUCCCCACCCUCUGUGGGCCACACGUGCACUUGCACCCACCACACACACACACACACACACGUCCACGUGCACACACACACACUCUGCGUAUCUGAGCGCGCCCCUCGCACUGGGUCUUACCUUGCACCUUCUUCAGGAUUUUAUAUGUGAAAAGAUUUUUAUAUAGAUUUUUUUCCUUUUUUUCCAAAACACUUUAUACUUUAAAAAAAGCAAAAAGCAAUUCCUGGUGGCUGUGUGCCUCCAACCCUGGUCCCCCGCUCUGUCUCCAGCCACCCUCUUCUUGGGCUUCUGGGCUGGUGUCCCUGACCCAGGGGUCUGGCGGAGGCCCAGGCAGCAGCGGCCAUGGCGAGCUGUCUCUGCAGGGGAGAGGUGGGAGCCUGCCACCCUCUUCCUGCCCUACCUCCUACUAACACUUCCUGCCCCACACGGCCCGUACCGUGGGGCUCGGGACAGAGGGAGCCAGCAGCCGGCCUCAUGGCCCACAGCCUCCUCAGGCUAUGCCAUGCAGAAGGUGUUUCUCUCCGGCUCCCUGAACCUCUUAACUUAAUAAAACGUUCCAGCAGC